AUGAAAAAGCCGCGGCCAAGUGAUGGGAACAUUAUCGCGCACACGACGAGAAAUCAGAGGCGACAGCGACGGAAGGAGAUCAAGCGGGAUUUCGGCCGGAAAAGCAUCAAAGGCGACACCCGCAUCGAAACCACAGCCUCGGUGAGCUCGGACCGCGACGGGUGCAACUGGACGUUCGUGUUCGACCCUUCCGGUCGGCUCUGCUACUGGUGGUCGAGCGUGGUCAGCGUCGCCUUCCUCUACAACUUCUGGGUGAUCAUCUACAGAUACGCCUUUCAGGAGAUCAACGCCAACAACAUCGCCAUCUGGUUCACGCUGGACUACACCGCUGACCUGCUGUACAUACUGGACAUCGCGUUCCACUUCCGGUCCGGCUACCUGGAGGACGGCGUCCUCCAGACGGACCCGACCAAGCUGCGGAUCCACUACAUGAACACGACCAUGUUCUACAUCGAUUGCCUGUGCUUGUUGCCGCUAGACUUCCUGUACCUGAGCCUCGGGUUCAAGUCCAUCCUCCGGUGCUUUCGUCUCGUCAAGGUCUAUCGCUUCUGGUCGUUCCUGGACCGAACCGAGCGACACACGAACUACCCCAACGUGAUCAGGACCGCCACGCUCAUCCACUACCUUCUCGCCCUGUUCCACUGGAAUGCGUGCCUGUACUUCAUCCUCGUGGACCGGAUGGAGAAGGUGCCGAAGAGCUGGAAGUUCCCCACGGACGAGCACGGCACCCUGCUGCAGUACCUCCACGCGCUGUACUGGAGCGUGCGGACGCUAACCACGAUCGGGGACCCGCCCACGCCCAAGUCGCUCCCGGAGUACCUGUUUGUGAUUUUCGAGCUGCUGUUCGCCUUGCUGCUGUUCGCCACCGUCCUGGGACACAUCGCUAACAUCGUCACCAACGUCAGCGCGGCGAGGAAAGAAUUUCAAGGUGAGUAG